GCCUGACCCCCUCCCUUCCUCAGUUGCCUCGUCCCCCACAGCCCAUCUCCUCUGCUCCCUCCCUCUAGGUCCCGGCGGUGCGGGUGGCAGCAGCUGUGGUGCAGGAUGCGAGGAGUCGCCCCCCAGCCGGGCUCCUGCUCCGGGCCUUGCUUCCCUUCGGUCCUCUGAGCCGGACAUGGCCGCCCCUCCCAGCCAUGGUCCUUUCUCCGGCUUCCCAGCCCCCCAGGAGCAUCCACAGGUGGUGCCAGAUGUCAGGCUGCUACAGCGACGGCUCCCGCUGGCGUUUCGGGAUGCCACCUCUGCCCCGCUUAGAAAGCUCUCUGUGGACCUUAUCAAGACGUACAAGCACAUUAAUGAGGUGUACUACGCCAAGAAGAAGCGUCGGGCCCAGCAGGGACCCCCAGAGGACGCGAGCACAAAGAAAGAGAGAAAGGUUCUGAACCACGGCUAUGAUGAUGACAACCAUGACUAUAUUGUGCGAAGUGGGGAGCGGUGGCUGGAGCGCUAUGAGAUCGACUCGCUUAUUGGGAAGGGCUCCUUCGGACAGGUGGUGAAGGCCUAUGACCACCAGGCCCAGGAGCUUGUGGCCAUCAAGAUCAUUAAGAACAAGAAGGCAUUUCUGAACCAGGCACAGAUCGAGCUGCGGCUGCUUGAGCUGAUGAACCAGCACGAUACGGAGAUGAAGUACUACAUCGUGCACUUGAAACGACACUUCAUGUUCCGGAACCACCUGUGCCUGGUCUUCGAGCUCCUCUCCUACAAUCUGUAUGACCUUCUGCGCAACACCCACUUCCGGGGCGUCUCGCUGAACCUGACCCGGAAGCUGGCCCAGCAGCUCUGCACGGCCCUGCUCUUCCUGGCCACCCCUGAGCUCAGCAUCAUCCACUGCGACCUCAAGCCCGAGAACAUCCUGCUGUGCAACCCCAAGCGCAGCGCCAUCAAAAUCGUCGACUUCGGCAGCUCCUGUCAGCUGGGCCAGCGGAUCUAUCAGUACAUCCAAAGCCGCUUCUACCGCUCCCCUGAGGUGCUUCUGGGGACGCCGUACGAUCUGGCCAUCGACAUGUGGUCUCUGGGCUGCAUCCUUGUGGAGAUGCACACAGGAGAGCCCCUCUUCAGCGGUUCUAACGAGGUGGACCAGAUGAACAGGAUCGUGGAAGUGCUGGGACUGCCCCCAGCUCCCAUGCUGGAACAGGCCCCCAAAGCUAGGAAGUACUUUGACCGGUUGCCUGGAGGGGGCUGGACCCUCCGGAGGAGCAAAGACCUCAGGAAGGAGUACCAGGGCCCCGGCACACGGCGGCUGCAGGAGGUGCUGGGUGUGCAGACGGGCGGCCCCGGGGGCCGGCGGGCAGGCGAGCCGGGCCACAGCACAGCCGACUACCUCCGCUUCCAGGACCUGGUGCUGCGCAUGCUGGAGUAUGAGCCGGCCGCCCGGAUCAGCCCCCUGGGGGCCCUGCAGCAUGGUUUCUUCCGUCGAACUGCCGAUGAGGCGACCAACACGGGGCCCUCGGGGAGCAGCACCUCCACCUCACCUUCUCCAGCCCCUGACGCCUCCCACUCCUCCAGCGCGGCCAGCUCCGUCUCCAGCUCUGGUGGCUCAAGUGGAUCAUCCAAUGACAACCGGAGCUACCGCUACAGCAACCGGUACUGUGGGGGCCCGGGGCCUCCAGUGACGGACUGCGAGAUGCACAGCCCCCAGGUCCCACCUUCCCAGCCGCUGCGCCCUUGGGCAGGGGGAGAUGUGGCCCACAAGCCUCCCCCAGGCCCGGCCCCAGCCUCCUCUUCCUCCUCCUUCCAUGGGGCCGGUGGCCGGCCUCCGGCCCAGGCUGGCUCUUCUUUAUCCUCCUCACCGCCUCCCCCUGAGCUGAUGGACGUGAGCCUUGGAGGUGGACCCCUGCUGCCUCUGCCUGCCCCACAGGACUGUGCCCCACUCCGCCCUGCUCCCCCUCUCCAGCACCCGGCCACUUCGGCCUUCCGGACUCGGACCACAGGGGGGGGGCGGCCCCAGGGGCGGGGGCCGGCCGCCGAUCCCCCCACCUGAGGACCCAGCCCUAGGCCCCCGCCUGGGCCUUUGUGGUGUCCCCCAGAGUACGGCCGCCAGCUCGUGAUCCCCUGCCCCCCUGGGGCC